GCAGACUGGACUCAAACUCGAGAGGAGAGCAGGCAGACAAAGAAAUUGACUGCAACCCCAAAAGCAGAACCAAACAUUUCGCCUCCAUCUGCACAAACCAAAAUCAGCCCUGUGACUCAGAUGAGCAGAUUAAACCUAACCAUGGAGUGGCUCAUGGUUGCAUUUGUAGCCCUACUUCUGGCGAGCCAAGUCCGCUCUGAAGAAAUUCCAUAUGAGCACCUUAUAUCUCAGAUCCAGGCAUGUCCUAAAGAGUGCCACUGCCCUCCAAGUUUCCCCAAUGCUGUUUACUGUGACAAUAAGGGUCUGAAACGCAUUCCUGUCAUCCCUGCCUACACCUGGUACCUGUACCUCCAGAACAACCUGAUUGAUGUCCUGUCAGCUGAUGCUCUGCGCAAUGCCACACAGCUAAGGUGGAUCAACCUGAACCGUAACAAAAUCACAAGCGAAGGCAUGGAGGCAGAUGCUCUAAAGGCUAUGUCUAACCUUGUACACCUCUACAUGGAAGACAAUUUGCUUUCUUCCAUCCCAUCUCCUCUGCCUGCCAAAUUAGAGCAGUUACGGCUCUCCCGAAAUAGAAUUUCAAAGAUCCCACCUGGUGUCUUCUCUGGAAUGGACCAUCUCACCUUGCUGGAUCUGCAAGCCAACAAGCUACAGGAUGAUGCAGUAACUGAGGUCAGUCUGAAAGGCCUCAACAACUUGAUCCAGAUCAAUUUAGCAAAGAAUCAGCUAAAUACCAUGCCCCUUGGCUUACCACCCACAACCACACAGAUCUUUCUGGACAGCAACAACAUUGAAAAGAUUCCAUCUGAAUACUUCAAGGGUCUUCCCAAAGUGGUCUCUCUCCGGCUCAACCGCAAUAAGCUGGGUAAUGGAGGUAUCCCAAAAAAUGUGUUUAAUCUUUCCAGCAUCCUAGAUCUACAGCUUUCUCACAACCAGCUCACAGAGAUACCCGUUAUCUCUUCUGGCCUGGAGCACCUGCAUCUGGAUCACAAUAAGAUCAAGAGUGUGAAUGGCUCUGACAUCUGUCCACCCGGUGCACUCGAUGACUACCUGGAUGAGAAGGCUCCACGUCUCCGUUACCUUCGCCUUGAUGGUAAUGAGAUCAAACCCCCUAUUCCACGAGACCUGAUGAUGUGUUUCCGUCUCCUCAGGGCUGUUGUCAUAUAAAGAUGCCACACCAUCUAGAUACUCCUGUCCAUCUCAUUUACCAGACCUGAAAAUGUAUGGAAGCUAAAACACUUGAAAAGGGUCCAAAAAACAGACUAUCUAUUUGCAAAGUCUGAAAAUAAAUAUUUAAACUGCACACUGCUGAAAAGACUAGUUAAGACUAGAAUGAAUUUCAAUGCGGGUUCAGUUUCACUCAUGCUGGUCUAGUUCUGGACUAGCUAAUGAAACUAAUCUGAUAAAGCUUUUGACCAAGAAAGCCCUGCUAAAUAUGCUAUUUAUGAGUGCUUGUGGGGAUUCCAGUAUCCAGAAUAUGACAUAUUCAGACAGUCUCCUGUUUUUGGUCUUUUCAGCAGAGUGGAAAUUUGCAAGACUGGUUCACAUUUGCAUUUAUAGAUGGUUUCUCAUGACUGUAUUGUAAAACCACUGUGCCUUUCUUCAUUUCCUACACAUGAAAAAUUAGCAGGCCUGCUUCGUGGGAAACACCAUUAUCUGUUAAAGGUUCUCUAUAAUGAAGAGAGCUCCAAAACAAUUUCUUGAUUUGCAAGUAAUGCAAUUUCCCCAUCGGAAAAAAACAACAAUCCUUUUCAGUAGGUGUAAUAUUAGCCAAAAACUGUUUUACCUGACCACACCAUUCUGGAGUGUAUUUGGACAGAAGAAUUGUGGUCUGAUUAUGGAGCCAAAUUUUUGGUAGUGAACCAAGUACAUAGUUUGUUUGACUUUAUUGAAUGCAUGGAUACUCUUAGUAACAACAGCACCAAGAGAAGAUUAACUUCCAGUUGUUUCUUGCCUCUGUUACAGCUAUUGACAUGAAUUGUAUUUUUUUUAUUUCUACUUUUUAAUAGCUCUUCACAUCUUUGUACAAUCAGUAUUUCAAUAUUCAAUCAAUAUUAAGUGUGAAAUGAAUACUGAGAGAAGCAGCCCCUUUGAAAAGAAAGAUGUACUGAGACCUGUUUUAAUAAUUAAUGUAUAGAUAUAAUUUCAAUUUAGCAGAUGACAAUGGUACUACCAGUGGACCUCCUAGACGGUAUUUUUCUCUAGAGUAUACAAAUAAUGUGAACAUUAUUUUUUAACGCACAAAUGUGAUUAUUAUUUUUCAAAAUGUGAGAACCAUUGGGACUGUCAGAGGGGAAAUGUAAGAUGAGAUUAACUUUUGUUUGGUGUUCUUGAUUAAACUGGUUUCAAUUGUC